AUGUGGAUCGUUUUCUUUGGAUCCCCAACUGAAGAGUUUGAAGUUGUUUCUGCAGACAACCUAGAUGUCAAUGAAUGUGCGCAGAGUCCAGCCCCCUGCCAUGGCUCUGCAACUUGCCACAACACAGUUGGAGGGUUCCAUUGUUCAUGCCCUUUUGUCACCAGUUUUGCUAAGGAAACAAACUCCUGCGCCAAUCAGUUUACAAGUCAGGAGUUGAGCAGGGCACAAUCUGUGGCAGGACCGCACUCUCCUACUCAUUUGUCUCAAAGCAAAAGAAGCUUGCUGCCUUUGCCUGGAGAGAGUAGAAGUUUCUUUUAUCUAAUCCAAGAUGAUCUAUUCAUGAUUAAAACAGCGAGGAAAUCAGAAGUUGAGGUAAUUUUCUUAUUGAUGCCACUGUGA